UUAUCUAUGGUAUUUUAGCCUGUGACAAUUCUAAGAUCGAAUUCAACGUUGAAGAGAAGUGAUUUCAAGUGAUUUUCUUGAAAUAUUAUCCAAAAUGUCCAUGUGGGCAAGUCUGAACCGUUCUGUCUUCAAGAAGACCUCCACCUUCUUCCUGGCUGCAGCGCUGGGCACUUUCUUCUUCGAAAGAUCCUUCGAACUGGCUUCUGUCGCAAUUUUCGAGAGCCUAAACAAGGGUAAACUCUGGAACGACAUCAAGCACAAGUAUGAACAUUAAAAAAACAAUAGA